AUGCUGAAAAUAAGAAGCGGCAUAGACAGGAGGCAGCCACUAGAGGCUGCACUUGCAAGGACAGAGAUACAUGGAUCAAUAAUGAGAGUGAGAAAGACAGAUGGGGGAAUCAGUGGAGAAACAGCAAAAAAGAGAUGGUGAGAUAGCAUACACUUCAGUACAGGAAGAAGGAGUGAAGAGAUAGUAGGAGUGAGCAUUGUAGCAGCUCACAACCUGAGAGAGAGUAAGCACCUCAGCUCACUAGAGAGAGAGAGAGAGAGAAAGAGAGGGAGGGAGAGAAAGAGGGAGAGUAGAGCAGCACUCAACCACGUUGCCCGUCCUCAUAUUUCCCUCUGCAGCUGUGCGAGGCAGAGUGAGCAGCGGAGAGAGCACAUCUGAGUCUCGUGGAAACAGCAGGACCACGUACCACUUGGCAGAGAGAUCGAUGCACUUACGCCGAGCCACACAGGAAGCUUGAGCGGCCCGCAGGACACCUGUGUUCGGCCACAGAGAGAGUAGCCAAAGGGACAGAGAGAGAGUGAAGAGAGCGCGAGACAAGAAGAUUACCCAAGGCCAAUUUGAAAGCUUUCAGCUGGUCACUCAGAGCAGCUUCAACCCAGAAGAACAGCACUAAAAAGGAUCAACUCCGGUGCUCUCAGGGUGCAGUGUCAGAGAGAGACUGGCAACAGGAGAACAAAGUGCUCAAGGAGAAGCCCCAUAGGUGUGAGUGGACGGAACUGUUGAUGUUUCUUCCCAGCAUGCCUCGGACACAGCAGCAUCACAGGGCCACUGUGUCCACAACAGGCUGGCUUCUGGCUUUGGCUCUCAUUCUUGCUCUACAGGGUGCCGCUCAUGCUGCUCCAUCAGGAGACAACAAGCUGGUUCAUACCACCAGAGUGAGGCGGCAGACCCCAGGGGGGGAUCAGCCCUCCUCCGCUUCCUCAACCAACCAGACCCUGAGGGAGCAACCCGUGGUCUUUAACCAUGUCUACAACAUCAAUGUACCCUUGGAGUCUCUGUGCUCUGUCGACCUGGACGCCUCCGCAGCACCUGGCUCAGGUUCUCGUGCUGGGUUGGGGUCCAGCCCUUCAAUGGAGGGUCCAAUUGAUCCAGCUGGACCAACAGAAUACACUGAGCAGACGUUAGAUGCUGACAGCCAGGUAACGUUCACUCAUCGCAUCAACAUCCCAAAAGCUGCAUGUGGUUGUCAAACAACAAGCACAAUCCAGCAGCUUGCCACCAGGGUGGAGAUGUUAGAAAGAGAAGUUUCUCUUCUGAGAGCUCAGUGUGGGUCUGGAUGUUGUGGGGAGAGCUCAGCCAUGGGUCGUUUGGACUUUGUCCCGGGCUGCAGUGGCCAUGGCAGCUUCAGCUUUGACCUUUGUGGCUGUGUCUGUGAGGAAGGCUGGACUGGCAAAAACUGCUCUGAGCCUCGCUGCCCGGACGACUGUUCUGGACAGGGAGUGUGCAUUGAAGGGGAGUGUGUGUGCGACCGUGACUUUGGAGGUGAAAACUGCUCAGAGCCGCGCUGCCCUUCGGACUGCUCAGGUCGCGGGUUGUGUAUCGAUGGGGAGUGUGUGUGCGAGGAGUCCUUCACUGGCGAAGACUGCAUGGUAGGGAGGUGUCUCAACGACUGCUCGGACCAGGGACUGUGCAUCAAUGGGACUUGCCAGUGCCGGCCGGGGUAUGUGGGAGAAGACUGCUCACUGGUCUACUGUGCCAACAACUGCAGCAAGAAGGGAGUCUGUAAGGAUGGAUUCUGUGUCUGCCAGGAUGGCUUUGCUGGAGAUGACUGCAACUCGGUGGCACCGGCCAUGAACCUGAGGAUACGAGGCGUGACAGAUCGCAGUAUUGACCUGGAAUGGGAGGGCUCAGUUGUGCUGACAGAUUUCUUAGUGACCUACACGCCAAGCAGCGCUGGAGGUGUCCAAUUAGAGAUAAGGAUUCCAGGCAAUACCACCACCUGCACUAUCUCAGGACUGGAGGCAGGCAUAGAGUACAACAUCAACGUGUUCGCUGUCAUUAACAACAGUAUCAGCGUCCCUGCCAGCAUCACUGUUUCGACCUAUCUCUCCAAUCCGGAUGGUUUAGUCUUCAAAUCCAUCACAGAGACGUCAGUGGAGGUUCAGUGGAAACCGUUUUACUAUUCCUUCGAUGGGUGGGAGAUCAGCUUCAUCCCCAAGGACAAUGAUGGAGGGAUGACUGCACAGCUACCCAGCACUAUCACCUCCUUUGUGCAGACUGGUUUGAGACCAGGCGAGGAGUAUACUGUUAACCUGGUGGCGCUCCGAGACCAGGGUCGAAGCCAGCCAGUCACUGCUACUGUCAUAACAUUGAUUGAUGGCCCCACACAGCUGAUUGUGCGGGAUGUGUCAGACACCGUAGCGUUUGUGGAGUGGACACCACCAAAAGCAAAGAUUGAUCAAAUUGUGUUGCGUUAUGGCCUGGUGGGAGGAGAGGGUCCACGGACCACCUUCCGUCUCCAGCCCACACUCAGCCAGUACUCAUUGCAGGUUCUGCGUCCUGGCUCACGUUACGAGGUAUCUGUGAGUGGUGUGAGGAAAGGAAAUGAGAGCGGAUCUAUUUCCACUGAAUUUACAACUGCUUUAUCGUUCUUCUCAGAGAUCGAUGCCCCCAAGAAUUUGCGGCUUGUGUCAAAGACCUCCACCACCCUGGAGCUUGAAUGGGAUAACAGUGAAGCUGAGGUGGAGGGCUACCAGGUGGUGUAUAGCACUUUAGCAGGAGACCAGUAUGAUAAAGUCAUUGUACCACGCAACGAAGGAGCCACUACUAAGACCACUCUCACAGACUUGCUGCCCGGCACAGAGUACGGCAUCGGCAUUUCUGCCAUGAAGGGUAGCAACCAGAGUACACCAGCAACAAUGAACGCCAGGACAGACCUGGAUGUGCCUAUGGAUCUAACUGUGACGGCUUCUACAGACAACACCAUCACUCUGGUCUGGGGUGUGGUCCAGGGCCCCAUCGAUCAUUACAAGGUCACCUACACAUCUGCCUCUGGUGUCACUACUGAGCUGACAGUGCCCAAAGACGUUACCACCACCACUCUGACUGACCUCGAGCCUGGGACUGAGUACACUAUCACUGUAGCAGCAAGAAGAGGACGACAGCAAAGCAAUGCAGCUACCAUAGACGCCUUCACAGGAAUCAGGCCCGUAACUCACCUCUACUUGUCAGAGGUGACGUCAGACUCGGUGUCGGUGGCCUGGAGCGCCCCAGCACCACCUGCUGACCUCUUCAUCCUGAGCUACAGCUCUGCAGACGGCACCGACACCUCUAAGGUCACUCUGGAUGGCUCCAAGACGAGGUCACUGGUCCAGGGGCUGCUGCCGUCCACGCCAUACACCAUCAGUCUAAUCACAAUACAGGGGGAUGUUACCUCUGAGCCCAUUACAGCAUCACUCACUACAGGCAUGGAUCCACCGAAAGAGAUGACGGUGUCCGAUGUGACUGAGGACGCAGUGACUCUCUCUUGGAUCAGACCACUGGCUCCAUUUGAAUACUAUAAGCUAUCCUACCAAUCAGCCAGAGGUCGAGUGGACAGUGUGGUGAUUGACAGCGAUGUAACCAACUACACAUUGUCCAGCCUGUUUCCUGCUACAGAAUAUGAGAUCAGCCUCAAUGCUGUCAGAGGGAGUCAGGAGAGUAAAGUGGUCAGCACCUCCGUCUUCACAGCGAUGGACAUGCCAUCUGAGUUGACCGCUCUCAACAUCACCCCACAAGGAGCCUUGCUGAGGUGGAACCCCCCUCUUUCCAAUGUUGACAACUACGUGCUGACCCUCACACACAACCAGGUGACAGCUGAUACUUUCCUUGUGGAAGGCAACAAGCAGGAGCACCAGCUGUCCAACCUUAAGCCAAGCACCAGCUACUCCGUCGCCCUCUAUGCCACCAAAGGACCCCUCACCAGCGGUACGGUCAUCACCAACCUCCAAACACCAAUGGACGCUCCCCUGAACCUGACAGCCAGUGAAGUGAAUCACCGCAGCGCUCUGAUCUCCUGGCAACCACCAGUCGCAGAAAUUGACAACUACAUGCUCACCUACAAGUCAACAGACGGCAGCCGAAAAGAGCUGAUCCUAGAUGCAGAGGACACAUGGAUUCGACUGGAGGGACUUGCUGAGACCACAGAGUACACUGUCAAGCUCCAGGCAGCAAGAGGGCUUGAUACCAGUGCUGUAGUCUCUACUACUUUCACUACAGGGAGUCGUCUGUUUGCAACACCUCAGAAUUGUGCCCAACACCUGCUGAAUGGAGAGACGCUGAGCGGCGUCUACACCAUUUACAUCAACAGAGACCCCAGCCAGGGUGUGCAGGUGUACUGUGACAUGAUCACUGAUGAAGGAGGCUGGAUUGUAUUCCAGCGUCGUCAGAACGGCCUGACAGACUUUUCCCGAAAGUGGAGCGACUAUCGGGUCGGCUUUGGAAACCUGGAGGAUGAAUUCUGGCUUGGCCUAGACAACAUCCAGAGGAUUGCUGCUCAGGGCCGUUAUGAACUGAGAAUUGACAUGAAGGACGGACAAGAGUCGGUCUACGCUAAUUAUGACAAGUUCUCCAUUGGAGAUGCAAGAAACCUCUACAAGCUCAGGAUAGGAGAGUACAAUGGCACGGCUGGUGACUCUCUGAGCUACCACCAGGGCCGACCCUUCUCUACAAAAGACAGAGACAAUGACAUCGCCGUCACUAACUGUGCCUUGUCUUACAAAGGAGCCUGGUGGUACAAGAAUUGCCACCGGGCCAACCUCAACGGCAAAUAUGGCGAGUCCAGACACAGUCAGGGAAUUAACUGGUACCACUGGAAAGGCCACGAGUUCUCUAUCCCUUUCGUGGAGAUGAAGAUGAGGCCGUUCAACUUUCGUAGCAUCAGCAGCAAGAGGAGGCGGUCUGCCCCUGUAUAAACAAACCGCCUCCAUCGAGCCCAGAGUCGAGGGUAAGCGGAGUUUGGAUGCUUAGUGAUGAGUUUCUGCUGUGUGCCUCAUUGAUCUGCUCUUUAAGGCCUGUCAUUGAGGCUACAAAGAAAAAAAAAGUGGGGUUAUGACAAAACCUACCAAUUAUUUUAUCAAAAUUCAGUUGCAAAACAAUAAAAUACCUUAUGAUUAUAACUGUUAUGACCCCGGGUGAGAUAAUGAAACUUGAAUGGACAGGCUGAAACAACAUCUGAACUCUGCUUAUCUGCACUCCUGCACAGCUUUAGCUGUCUUUCCCUGCUGUACUCCAGCCCAGCUGAUAGAGGACACUGUAUGUAAUUUAUUUAAUACUUUGAAUGACAAUGGUUCUAUUUGCUGUAUAAAAACAAAACAUCCCAUCCCUGGGAUGCCAGGAAAUGUGCUCAGAAAUGCCCUCAAUAGUGCGGGAGCUAGCGUUAUUUUAACCAUUACAAAAUAAUAACACUUUUAACAAAAGGCAUACUGUAUAUGCCCCUAAACCCCUUAGCUGUAAGAUAUAUAUAUUUUUAUAACUGAUCUUGUGACUGAAGUCCAUCUAUUUAAUAUGAUUUGAUGCCUUGGUUUAAUCAUAAGAAACACAAACACUGGACGUGAAGAGUUAAACAAACAUCAAAAAGCAUAAGUGAACAUCCAGAAUCACCAAUCACACACCAGCAACAGCUUCAUUACCAUCCAUUUUAUUUAUUUUAGCCCUCUUUGUAUGUGUUACUCUUAUUUACAAUAUCCUUUGUGUUAAUUAAGGAAGCAAAAUGAAAGUCACCAACCCUAAAAUGUAGUGCUAUUGGUGGCCACACUGAGACAGCAUUUGCACUGCGAGUGGGAACACAACAAAACUAUUGUUCAGUGAAUUCAAAUUAUUUUAGUUCAUGUGCAUUUAAUAUUACUUCCUGGACUAUUUUAUCAAGCAAAUUACAAACACUUAAUAUCUGCUGUUGAUGCUGCGAUUGCUUGCAGAGAUGGUGCUGAUAUAUCUAAAGUUUAACCAAAGAUCUGCAUGAUCCAGACUCCUCCUGUUGUUUGGAGAGAUGCCAGUCAGUUCUGUCACCAAAGUCACUGCAUCAGCUUUUUCCUCCAUUAAUAGGUUCUCACUUUUCAGGGACUUUUAUGGUAAUCAUGUCCCCUGGCAUUAUUUUAUGCAAUGUGAACACUACAUUUUAUGAAAAAGAAAGUCAGGAUGGGAUUUUAGGCUGGCCUCUCCCCCACUUCUAGUUGAACUUAACAAAGGAAGCAGAACAGUAGGUGGACUCAAGCCAAGUCUUUGUACUGUGUCCUUCUUUUAUAUGCUUUGCUAUUGAGGCUCCCUGUUGAAACAACAAAAUCAGCAAACAUGGCAGAGAAUGUAUUCUUUUAGUAGGGCAGGCGUAAUCUGCAGCAAGCCCACCAAGCAUUUUGUUCUGUUCAGUUUUCACACUGUUGCACAAAGCGUUCGGUGCCAAGGCAUUUAGUUCACCGCAGUUUUCUGGAAAUGGUUUUGUUUUAGUUUCCUGCCUCCUCUGUGGGAGGGAGAUUAUCUCUCUGAAUUUGAAGACUAAAGACAACUGGCUGUUAAUUAAAAAAAAAAAAAAAUACUGUCCAGUACAAUCCUUGGAAAAUCAAUGUCACCAUCCCUGCAAGCAACAUUUGCAAGUCACAUAUAUAUAUUCAAUAAUCCAAAUUUUAACAGCUGGAAAUUUCACUGUUAUGUACUUUUGUCAGUUGAACUGAAGUAUCCCAUUGAAAGAACCAGCAAAUCUGGCUUGUAUCAUGUAACUGUAUAUUUUCAUUUGUGUGUUUUGGGUUGUUUUUUUUUUUUUUUUAACCCUUUUUAGAUUUGAAAACAAAAGUGAAUCUCCCCUCUAUAAACUCCCACUAAUAUAGUGAUGUAGAUAUAAAGUUGAAGAUAAUGUGACUUUUGACAUGUUCCUCUUUAGAUGCAAACUAUUUCAGAAAGUCCCCUGAAGCAUUUCCCCUUUAACCACUCUAUUUUUAACCAUUGUUGUGGAAAAUAACAGGUCAUAAGAUUAUGUUUUCAUUUGAUUUGUAGUGACACAUUUUUUUUUUGUUGUUGGCUGAUCUGGGUGAAAGGUGCCCUUGAAAUGGUUUGUGUGGUACAAAGUGUAGAUACCUCACAUCAUCAGGCCUCUAAGCUGUUGUGGAAACAGUUAAAUUGCCCUCAAAGGCAAAUAAAAACCAACACAACCUGAAAUAUAAUUUACAACAAACCGUUUCAACACGUGACCUUUCCCAGUCUGAUUUAUGUUUCGGUGACAAAGUGAACAUUUCGGAGCCUCUCAUGCAAUCCAUCGCCCAUAGUGAUUUAUGGUAGAGUAGGGAAUUCUUUGUGUACUUAUUGUAUUAACUAGUUAGAUGACGUUUGCCUCAGUGCUUUUUUUUUUUGUACAAGGACAAAGGUCAUGAAGCUUUGCAGAAAAGGAACAGAAUGUUAUUUGCGUUUGUGUGGGGCUUUCAAGACGAAAGCUGGUAUAUAAAUAUUGAAGUUAAUUUUGCAGAAUUUUCCCAAACAUCCUUCAUCAAUUAAGCUUUUUUUGUUGAUCAGUAAGAAAACCGCAGGAAGUAAAUUGUCAAGUUGUUCUUCUUCGGGCUAGAGUAAUUAAACAAUCAGUAAUAUUACUCUUCAUUGUGAGCUUUCAGAAAAACAAAUAAUUUGAAAGUGAGCAAAUACAGCCAGCUUGAAAGGACAAAACAGCCUGAAUUAUUUUCUAGAUAUUCUGAGUAACUUGAUGUCAUUUCCUCUAGCAUUAACUAAGUGUGUUUUCAUUGUUGAAAGGCAAGCGAUCGAGUACUUUUCUAUGGAAGGAUGUUAAAUUGACAUUUUGUUUGUGCUGUAUGUUUUUCAUCCUGUAAAAU